CAGAAGGUGGCGGCAAUGCGCUGGUCGCCAACCGCCAUUAAAAACGAAGAAGAAGAAGAAGCAAAAGAGGAAGAACAACAACAACAACUUCCGCUCAUCGGCUCUCCCACCACAGCCGCGUUACCAAACCUUCGUCCAGCACCGAGGACACCACAGCGGUUAACGUCAGCUCCCAUUGCGUCGCGGCGAAUGGGGCUGGACAAGUUCUGCAGUCUGGACAGUUCCGAUCCGUUCUGGGAUUGGAACCAUACCUGGUACACUGAAAACCCAGACCUCACCCAGUGUUUCCAGAACACUGUUCUCGUGUGGCUGCCAUGCCUCUACCUCUGGAUAUGUUCCCCCAUCUACCUCAUCUACCUCCGCAGCCAUGACUGUGGCUACAUAUGCAUGAGCCACCUCAACAAAGCUAAAACUGCUGUUGGUUUUCUCCUGUGGAUCAUCUGCUGGUCAGAUGUUUUCUAUUAUUUUUGGGAACGAAGUCAUGGCAGCAGUGUCUCUGCACCUGUCCACAUUGUCAGUCCAACCUUACUGGGACUCACCAUGUUGCUGGCCACACUAUUCAUCCAGUAUGAACGGAUGAAAGGGGCUCAGUCAUCUGGAGUGUUGCUGAUCUACUGGUUGCUGGCACUGCUCUGUGCCACAAUCACCUUCAGGUCCAAAAUCCUGUUGGCCUUGGACCAGCAAUUGACAGUGUGCGUGUGGCGGUACACCACCUUUUAUAUCUACUAUUCUCUGCUACUGGUUGCUCUGUUCCUGUCCUGCCUGACUGACCAGCCACCCCUCUUCUCCAAGACUGUUAAAGACCCGAACCCAUGCCCUGAGCCUGGAGCUUCUUUCCUCUCCAGAAUAACCUUCUGGUGGAUCACCAGGAUGAUCGUGACGGGCUACAAGCGCCCUCUAGAGGAGAAGGACCUGUGGACACUGAACCCUGGCGACCGCUCGCAGAGAGUGGUUCCCCAGCUGGUGCGUCGCUGGAACACAGAGUGCCAUAAGGUCAAAAGGAUAAAACAGGAAACGUCCUACUUCCCCGGGCAGGUCCCGCGCAGUGAGGGCAAAGAGGGUAAAGAGGGCAGAGCUAUGGAAGAGUCUGAAAUCUUGAUUGUAAAAAACACCCAGAAAACAAGAGAGCCCUCCCUGUUUUGGGCACUGUGCCUGACCUUUGGGCCCUAUUUCCUCAUCUCCUGCCUUUAUAAGCUCAUCCAGGACAUGCUCAUGUUCGUUGGGCCCGAGAUCCUCCGGCUGCUGAUCCGCUUCAUUAACAACUCCGGCGCCCCCUCCUGGCAUGGCUACUUCUACACUGCUCUUCUCUUCAUAUGCACCUGUGUGCAGUCGCUCCUCCUCCAUAAGUACUUUCAUGUCUGCUUUGUUUCGGGCAUGCGACUGCGCACCGCCAUAAUUGGAGCUGUCUACAGGAAGGCUUUGGUGAUAAGCAGCGCAGCACGCCGCACCUCCACAGUGGGGGAGAUCGUCAACCUCAUGUCAGUGGAUGCUCAGCGCUUCAUGGAACUCGUCACCUACAUCAACAUGAUUUGGUCUGCCCCCCUGCAGGUUGUACUGGCCCUCUACUUCCUCUGGCAGAACCUGGGCCCCUCGGUUCUGGCUGGAGUGGCUGUGAUGGUUCUGAUGGUUCCUGUAAAUGCUGUAAUUGCCAUGAAAACAAAAACUUACCAGGUGGCUCAGAUGAAGAAUAAGGACAGUCGCAUUAAGCUGAUGAAUGAGAUGCUGAAUGGCAUUAAGGUGCUUAAGCUGUACGCCUGGGAACUGGCCUUCAAGGACAAGGUGUCUCAAAUUCGUGAGAUUGAGUUGCAGGUCCUGAAGAAGGCUGCCUAUCUGGGGGCCAUCUCCACCUUCACCUGGGUCUGUGCACCUUUCCUGGUCGCCCUGUCCACUUUCACCGUGUACGUGCUGAUCGAUGAACGCAACAUACUCGAUGCCCAGAAGGCCUUUGUGUCGCUGGCACUUUUCAAUAUCCUGCGUUUUCCACUCAACAUGCUGCCAAUGGUCAUCAGUAGUAUGGUGCAGGCCAGUGUGUCCAUGAAGCGUCUCAGAGUGUUUCUAUCGCACGAGGAGCUUCAGGAAGAUGGUGUGGAGCACAAAGCAGUUGCAGGCUCCCGACACAGUAUCUCCAUAACGGAUGGGGUUUUCAGCUGGUGCAAAACUGAAUCAACAACACUCAAGAGGCUGAAUGUUUGUAUCCCAGAAGGCUCCCUGGUGGCUGUGGUGGGACACGUGGGUUCAGGAAAGUCCUCGUUGCUGUCAGCGCUGCUCGGAGAGAUGGACAAACUAGAAGGAACUGUGGCCAUCAAGGGUUUGGUGGCCUACGUUCCGCAACAGGCUUGGAUCCAGAAUGCCACUCUGAGAGACAACAUUGUGUUUGGUCAGGAGUGGAGAGAGGCCUGGUAUCAGGGUGUGGUGGAGGCAUGUGCCCUUCAGCCUGACCUUGAGAUGCUUCCUGCUGGAGACGAGACCGAGAUUGGAGAGAAGGGAGUGAAUCUGUCCGGAGGCCAGAAGCAGAGGGUGAGUCUUGCCCGGGCAGUUUACUGUGACCGGGCUGUGUACCUGCUGGACGACCCGCUGUCUGCCGUUGAUGCUCACGUGGGAAAGCACAUCUUUGAUCAAGUCAUUGGCCAACAGGGACUACUAAAGGACAAGACUCGUGUGCUGGUGACCCAUGGACUGAGCUACCUGCCCCAGGUUGACCUGAUCCUGGUGAUGGUGGAGGGAGAGGUCACAGAAAUGGGCUCCUAUCAGCAGCUCAUGGCCACAGAGGGAGCCUUCUCUGAGUUUGUGCGAACAUAUGCUGCUGUCGACCAUACUCACAACAAUGAAUCUCCUGAAUUGGAGAAUGGCUGUGCGACUGCUCUUGUUGGCAGUCCAGAUGUCACCAGCGUAUCCAAGCAAUCCCAGGGGGACAAGGAGGUGAGCAAGAAGGCUAAGAACCCUGAGGUGGGCAAGCUGACGGAAGCUGACAAGGCCAGCACAGGACGGGUCAACCUGUCUGUGUUCUGGGCCUAUCUGAAAGCAAUCGGUGUGCUUCUGUCCUGUAUCAGUCUAUUGCUGUUCUUUGCCCAUCACUCGGCCUCCCUCUUCUCCAACUACUGGCUGAGCCUUUGGACCGACGACCCUGUGGUGAAUGGCACUCAGCCCUACCGACAGAUGAGACUGGGGGUGUAUGGUGCUCUUGGCCUGUCACAGGGUGUGGCAGUCUUUGGCUACUCCCUCUCCGUGUCCAUCGGGGGCAUCCUGGCAUCCCGCUGCCUCCACCAGUCCAUGCUGUAUGAUGUCCUGCGCUCACCGAUGUCCUUCUUUGAGAGGACCCCCAGCGGCAACCUUGUCAACCGCUUUGCCAAGGAGAUGGACACCAUUGACUCAGUGAUCCCCAGCAUUAUUAAGAUGUUCAUGGGCUCUAUGUUCAGUGUUUUGGCUGCUUGUGUUGUCAUUCUUAUCGCCACACCGCUGGUAGCCAUCAUCAUUCCUGUUUUUGGUCUGCUCUACUUUUUUGUGCAGAGGAUUUAUGUGGCAACGUCUCGUCAACUGAAGCGUCUGGAGUCAGUCAGCCGUUCACCAAUCUACACCCACUUCAAUGAAACACUGCUGGGCACCUCUGUUAUCCGAGCCUUUGGUGAACAGGAGCGAUUCAUCUGUGAGAGUGACCAGCGGGUGGACCACAACCAGAAGGCUUACUACCCCAGCAUAGUAGCAAACAGGUGGCUGGCAAUCCGCCUGGAGUUUGUAGGAAACUGCAUUGUGUCGUCUGCUGCCUUGUUUGCCGUCAUAGCUCGGGAGAGCAUCAGUCCAGGCAUCAUCGGUCUGUCCAUAUCCUACGCCCUCCAGCUGACGGCCUCUCUGACCUGGCUGGUGAGGAUGUCCUCUGAUGUGGAGACCAACAUAGUGGCUGUGGAGAAAGUGAAAGAGUACACUGACACAGAGAAAGAGGCAGAGUGGAAACACGAGCCCUCUAGCCUUUCCCCAGGAUGGCCCACUGUCGGCUGUAUAGACAUCAGAGGCUUCGGCCUGCGCUACCGCCAUGACCUGGACCUGGCCAUUCGCAACAUCACCAUCUGCAUUAACGGAGGAGAGAAGGUGGGUAUUGUUGGGCGCACUGGAGCGGGGAAGUCGUCCCUAACACUGGGGAUUUUCCGAAUCAUUGAGGGAGCGGAGGGCCACAUCUUCAUUGAUGGUGUGAACAUCGCUGAGCUGGGCCUCCACGAGCUCCGGUCCAGAAUCACCAUCAUCCCACAGGACCCAGUGCUGUUUUCAGGCUCUCUGAGGAUGAACCUGGAUCCUUUUGACAGCUACUCCGACGAGGAAGUGUGGCAGGCGCUGGAGUUCUCCCAUCUCAAGACCUUUGUGUCCAGCCUCCCUGGCCAACUCAGUCAUGAGUGUAGUGAAGGGGGAGAGAACCUCAGUGUCGGUCAGCGGCAGCUGAUGUGCCUGGCCAGAGCUCUGCUGAGGAAGACCAAGAUCCUGGUUCUAGAUGAGGCCACAGCAGCGGUAGACAUGGAGACAGACAACCUGAUUCAGUCCACCAUCCGCUCUCAGUUUGAGGACUGCACCGUCCUGACAAUAGCUCAUCGCCUUAACACAAUCAUGGACUACAACAGGGUCCUUGUGCUGGACAAGGGAGAGAUGGCAGAGUUUGACUGCCCCUCUAAACUCCUCGCUCAGAGGGGGGCCUUUUACAAGAUGGCCAUGGACGCUGGGCUGGUCUGAAGCAGGAGGUGCCACACUCUGUCCACCUGCUCUGCUGAGACCCUCUCAGCUCUUCUGACCCCUGGAGUGGAGGUCCUGAGUUACGGAGUGAGAGGGAGAAUAAGUCGGAGGUUGUUUGACUAUUUGAGCGAAGGAACUCGUGAACACAAUAGGUCUGGUUGACCUCCUCCACCCUACACUUCGUCCACAUUGAACUACAGAUUCGUCCUUAUACCCAUAUCAUGUCUUGUACCCAGAUUUCCUCCCGUCCUCUUCCUGGUCUUUCACUGUUGCGUGUGCCACGGAAGUUCUAACAAGUGAUGCAGAACUUGACUUUUAUUUUGAGAAAGCAAUGUAACGGCGUUGGAGCAGUCUGUCUGUGCAAUCCAGGCAAUGGUUACCAGCACUGAGGUCAGUAGAGGACAAAUACAGUUGUCCUGUAGUUAUGAAACUAUUAGUGCCAUAUAUGUCCCUCAGAUAUACCAGGAUGAGAGUGUUUUUUGAAGUGCGUGUGUGAGGCAACCGCUCCUACAGAUGUGAAAUACAGCGGACUUCUGUCUGUCCCUAUUGUCCCCACGACAUAUAAGUUACAGCUGCUGUGUGUUACUGUUAGUGUGUAUGAAAUCAACAUACAAGAUACAAUGAAUGAUUUUGUGCAACUGGCACUAAAGCCAAAUAGACUGCUUUGAAUUAGCAAGCAGUCUGGAACUGGGACAAGCCAUUGUUUUGACCUUGUAGCUCUCAGGAAUGAUUCUUCUGAGAGACCAGCGUUUGUCGUCUUCCAAUUCAGUUUUACUUUCAGAGCAUCAUCAUCAUCAGGAGGAGGGGGAGGUUUGGGAACCAUCCCCUACACUGAUGAACGCACAGACCCAGUGAUGGUCUGUAACACUGAACAGCGCCGCAAUCGCAAGAAAACCGCAAAUGCGCAAACUAGGAAUGUAGAGUUCACAUGGUUGUUUCUUUAAAAACAGCACUGAUUGUUAAUUUUUGGGGAAUUUGUGUUCUUUUAGCAGCAACUUUGAAUUGUUAUGUUCAUACAAGCUGCUGGUUUGGUCAGAGGUUUUAUUGAUGUAGUUCAACGUGUUCUGAUUAUACAAAACAACACCUUGUUGUUCCAUUAUGUCUGCAGCUUCUACCAAGUGGUUUUUGAGUUUUACAAUGAAACAUUCAGAUUGUCUGUCACCUUGGACGGAUGCAGGAGAACAGUUUCAUUUUCGAUUUUAUUUCAGCUGCACAAAGUGGAUAUUGUAAUCUUUCCUGUUUUUGAAAUGUAGGCAAUACAUAUUCCUUGUUAACAGCCAUGCUUUACACAAACAAAUGGCUGCAUCCCGACCAAUAAAGAAAUUCAGUUCAAAGUCUCAGUAAGCGAUUUUUAGAGAAAGCUCGUCUCUCUAUUUGUUGUUGUUGUGAUUUUAUCAUUUUUUGUUUUCCAUUUACAGAGCCAGGGCUGACACUACAACCCUGAUUUUUUUUUUCGGCGCCCACAGAACCAACAGGUAGCGGACUUUGAGAAAAUAUUCGCUGAUUUUCACAAAACGUGUGUUGCUUUAGAAUCACUCACUGCCCUUUUAAGCUCCAACAGCAGUUUUCAAAUGAAUUGUUGAGUUGCUUUGUUAUCUUUAUUGAAUAAAGAUCUGUUCAGUUGAAGCUCCUGAAAUAACAUGCAGGAAGUUGGUAGUGUGCACUUGCAUGCAUAUCAGAAACUCAGAUUUAUUUGCCUUCAUAGAUGCAGCAGUUUGUAGCUACCGCCUGCAUUCAUUGGCAAACAUAUAUUUGCUGAAAAGCUUUGGUUGUGUCUCGGCACAGGAUGUAAAGCAUCUAGAGAUUGAAUAAAGCAUAUUUGUCUUGCGUA